CCCGGCGCAUCACAGUUGGCCGAAGUCGCGCGCUGGUACUAUGAAACACGUUCUCCCUGAUAAAAAUGCUGCAUGUUCACGGGCCGAGGGUUGACGCCAGCGCUAGCCCUGUAGCCCCCCUCCAUGAGCUUCGAGCAUGUUCACACCAUGUACAAAGGCAGAUGAUGCAGAGCCGGCCCACAACGUGCUAUGAACGUCCAAGAUGAAGCUGUAAGAACGGCACGUAUAAGUGCACUCAAAGCCUCUCGCACUCUAACUUGCCUCUUCAUGGCCUCCUGCACUGAAGCGGGCGGCGAUCACAUCAACUCCACUGCUGCUUUUGACGGCACUACCUCAUCGACGACGGCGCAGCAAGAUUCGGCAUUACCAGUGUCAUCACUCAUGGCUUCUCUUGGCUUGAACGAGUGGCUGAAGUACAUCUUGCUGGGCUUCGUCGUGGAAAUAGCCAGGCGGCAGUUGUACAAUCUCGAGGCUUGGUUCACGAGUUUCUUCUUCGUCACCGCAGAAAUACCCGCCGACGAUGACUGCUACGACUGGCUUCUGGUCUGGCUCUCGAAACAACCCGCGAUCAAGAACGCACGCAAGAAGAUCUUCUCGACUAGCAAGGACCGCAGGAGCCUCGCGAUCCUGCCCGAGGAAGGCGACCACUGGUGCGACGCCAAGAGCCGCCGCCUCUUCAGCCUCCCGUCUGUCUUCGAGACGUACUCGCUGUGGUACAGGCACCGCUUGGUGCGCGUGCGGCGCGUAGCGCUUCCCCGCCCCGGGUAUUACGACAGAGAGGCGAUGGAGCUCCGGGUUCUCGCGUGGGGCCAGGAGCUCUUGAACGAGCUUCUUCUGGAGGCUAAGAAAGACUAUCUAUCCUCGUUCGAGGAUAAGAUCUGCGUUUAUGUGGCUAUCCCGUCUUCAAGUGACUGGAUCCCGCUCGCCACGCGCCCGAAGCGACCAAUUCAGUCGAUCAUUCUUGAUUCUGAUAUUCAGGAUAUGGUCCUCGAAGAUGUCCAAGAAUUCAUGAGGAGCAAAGCCUGGUACACUGACCGAGGUAUACCCUUUCGCCGAGGAUACCUACUGCAUGGCUCCCCCGGCUCGGGAAAGACGUCCCUCAUCCACAGCAUCGCAGGAGAACUCGGGCUCAAUGUCUUCCUCAUCUCCCUUUCGGCCCGCGGCAUGGACGACACGAAGCUCGCAGAGCUCAUCGCGUACCUCCCCGAGCGGUGCAUCACGCUCAUGGAGGACAUCGACGCUGCGUUCCUGCACGGUGUCAGCCGCGACGGCGUCGAUGGUAUGGUGAGUACCCAGGCUCAAAGUCAUAGCGGCGGUGCACCAUCGCCGCAAGGGCAGGCACAGGCCCAUGCGCCUGCGCCGACGCCCAACGGGGACUCGGACUCGGACGACUACUCGGGCAAGGUGACGUUGAGCGGGCUUCUGAACGCGCUAGAUGGAAUUGGUGCGCAGGAGGGCCGGAUACUAUUCGCGACGACGAACCGGUACGCCGCACUCGAUCCGGCGCUGUGUCGCCCCGGGCGGAUGGAUAUGCAUGUCGAGUUCCGCCAUGCAAGCAGGCGGCAGGGCGAGGAGCUGUUCAAGCGGUUCUUCAUGGUUGGGACGAAUUCUUCGUCAGCGGAGUCGGCAAGGCAAGGCGAGCGGCAGGGCUUUCAGGCUGGCAACAAGGACGCGCGGGUGUCACGUCCCGAGGACCCCGUCAGUUAUUCUGUGUCUGAGGCCUCCUCGUCGGAAGUGACUCUCAUCGAUGUUGACGUCGCGGCGGAGCACUGGCCAGCGAAACAGUCUUCCGUGGGUCUUCCCCAGCUGUCAGCCGAAGAGAUCAACGACCUCGCUAUCCGAUUCGCGGAGUCGAUCCCUGAGCGCGAAGUGUCGAUGGCGACACUCCAGGGCUUCCUGAUGAUGCACAAGCGCAGUCCCGUCGACGCGGCCUACAAGGUCGGCGCUUAUGUGGAAGACCUCCUUGCGUCGUCUCGGCCCGACAUUGUCUCUUCCGGUGCCGUUGUUUCCAAGGUUGAGAGUCGAACAUAGAAAGAGUCUUCCUGGUUUGGCGAUGUAGGAAGCUGGCAAUGGGGAGUUAUGUAGAGGGUGGUGAUCGUAUUCCGGCUGAGAAGACAUUGGUGU